GAAAUGGAAUAGGUCGUGCUAAAUUUUGAUUACAAAAUUGAUGUUAAUGUUUUAGGUUUCUAGAAAUGCAUGCGCUGAAGCUAAUGCGGAAAGGAGAUAAUCAUUUUUUAUUAGCUGAAGUAUAUUUUUGCCAAAAAAAGCAAAAAUAUGAAUUAAAUAAAACAAGAUAAAAAACUAGUGUUGAGCGGCUCUUGAACGCGGUUCUCCUCGAAGCUGAUUUUACGCAUAUGUACAUACAUAUGUAUGUGCAUACAAAUAUACAAGUUUAUAUGGACAGUGGCUGCGCGAACAGAUAAUGCCGUCGACGACGUCAAAUGGAAAUGCUGUCUAUGCCGCGCUGGUUUUUUAAGACUUCAUAGACAACUGCAGCCUAUUUUGAAAAAUACAACAAAGAAGAAAAAAGCUAAUAAUAAAGUGUGCAAAAUUACAACGCGAUCGGCGCGCACUAAAUAACUAACGCGUCCAGUAAGCGCGCGCGGCAAACAGCUGAGCAGGCGCCUGCUGCUUUAGCUUCUCCUUUGCCACGGAAGGUCAACAACACGCGACGCGACGCGACGCGACCGAUAUUGACGCAAUUAGUGCAGCGAUCGUCGCAAUGAACCAAACGAUAUUCUACAAAAGUGUGAAGUGAUCGCAAUCAGAUAUGUGUGUGUGAGUGUGUAAAUUCAUAUGCGCAUGCAGUUAUGUUAAUAAGCAUAGACGUACAAGUACAUAAACAGGUGUUUCUAAGUGACGCGGGCGGCACGUAAAGUACGUAAUUUAAAUUCCAAGAAGUGUUUAUUAAAUUAGAGUGACUUACUCGCUGACAGCGUCAAAGUGUAGUCGUAGUAUAAAGUCCAAGUCACCAGCGCGUUUGUAGAGUGCUGCGGAACGCUGCACGCCACUCAUCGCUAGCAACUAACGACUCAUUGGAUCAGCGAUCAGCGUCAUCGCGUAUUUCAUGCUAAUUCGAAAAAACUUACCAAGGAAAGGUAAUUAAUGUUGCGUCAAAGUGGCUGACUAGUGCACCUAGUUGUAUGAAAGCAUUGCUUCAUAAAUUUCAUAAAUCUCAGCAACGAUCACCGCUAAUAGCAGCACCAGUCCUGAGCGCCAAAUCGUCUAGAGGCUCACGUGCGUCAGAAAGGGUUGGAUUGCUGCGGUCGAUAAUCUUCUGCGUCAGUCGUUUGUGACAACAAAAAUGCUUAUUAGUAUUGUGGACAACAAUAAAAACAACAACAAAAUUAAUAACAAUAACAACAUUAAUAAUAAUCACAAAUAUACCAACCAGCAAGCAGCAGAACCACUGUUGGAAUGGAAUUUUUUUGCAGCUAAUCGCUGACAUUUGCGUCAUGUCUUCGCGCCUUGACGUCAUUUGACAGAAUUGCGACGUUGAAAAUUUAAACAAACUUGCGUCGACUGUGAGACCACUUGAAAACUGCACGAAAAGAAAAAAAUGCAGAGCGUACACGCACUUAACGAGAAAGAAUGAAUCGAGUACCUGCGAAUGAAAACAAUAAAAUUAAAAGUAAGUGCAGCAAAGCGACCGACAAACAAUAUACUAAAUGCCAGCAGCUGGAUGCGCAAAGAAUAAUGGGUAGUAAUACUAGUCGGCGUAGAAUCGGAACGAGCUCACUUGACCCAGCCGCGACCACAGCCACAGCCACAGAUGCAGCAGCAACGGCUCCUGCAGUACGUGUACGCGACAAAUGCCCUCACGCGAGACGCGGAGCUCAAAAUGCGCGUUCGGUAUUAAAAGCUACCAUUCCUUCGAAGAUCACUGCUGCGCUAUCCGGAAGCGCAGGCACAACGGCCGGUGGUGCUUCAACCGAAACCUCUUCUAGCGCCCUUACGCCUGCCGGUUCAUUAAAUUCGGUCGCCAGUGUGUGUUCUGAUGUAACGGUGUGUUGUAAUAUAAGCGACAAAAUUGAAGAGAGAGAUGACGUGAACACAUCCACGAUCAUUUGUGGCGCGCCCAUUUACAGCGACGCUGCUGAAGAUGCUGCUUGUAUUGCUGAAAGUGGUUUUCCGACGUCAACGCCGCUGCCCAGUAGUAUUCAUGCCACAAAAGAAUCAGGAUCAGUUGUUGCCAGCAAAACAGCAGAGACAAUGAGGAGCUUAAAAAUAGCUACAACAAAAACGCAUAUGGCGGCAUUGACAGUUGCGCGACAGCCGCGUACACAUACAACAGCGAAAACAACGCGAAGAACGCGGGCGGCUAUUGCGGCUCGUCAAUUAAUGAAAGCAAGAAAGAUUACCGCAAGCACUACUACAACAACGGUGAAUGAGCGAGUGACGAUGGCCGCAGUGCCAGCGCAUGCGGUGGAGGCAUAUUCGGAUGCUACACGACGAGCACAAUCGUCGGUUCGUUUGACGUCUGCGACCACAACACCGAUUUUGCGGGCGUCACAGGUGGCAGGGGUGUUGACGGCGGUAGACGUGAAAUCAAAAUUCACUGAAAAUAAAUGCCCGUUGGUUGUGCUAACGAAUGUUAGUAAUCAGAGAAAAGUCGAAGUGAACAGUACAAUACCACCGCUAGAGCAGUGUAUUUUAAACAGCUACAACGUUAACCUGAGACAGCACAACAAUAGCAGCAACAACCGCAGUAGAAAAAGUGAAGUGCCGAGCAACAAGUGGUCACCAGUGUUUGAUUCGGACAACGCAGAUAAUGAAACAAGAAGAACGGUCGACGAUAGUGACAACAGCAUUAGUGAGGAUAUAAGAAGGACUCUGAACUUGGCCGCACGCAAAGCGAAGUUGAAGUCGGAAUUCUUCAGAGAUUUCGAACUGCACGAUAAAACAAACAAUCAGUUGACGCAGUCGUCGACACCGCUUGACGUUUGUGACGUGGAUUUACCCAAACAGCUUUUGGAUAACAGCUCACCAAAUUUUUGGCGGCCGCAAGUAAGCGAAGACGGCGCACGAUAUAUGCGCCACCAACCGAUUCCCUGCUCUGUCACAGCAUUACCAACGAUUUCUGUAAACGCUGCCGAAACUAGUUCGCCCCCAUCGCUUAUAGCUAGGCGCAAGUUAGAUCUGAAGCGAAAGUUUGAACAUCAAUCGUCGCCGAAGACGUCCCCCAAUUGCGAUCAGCCUUACUUGGUCGGCAUAGCCAGCGCUUUUCCACGUGUUGAGGAUUUAGUACAAAAGUUCGAUUCACAACCGACGCGACAUACAAGAAAAAUGAUUGUGAAUCCCAAUAAGCCGAGCGAAGCCGUGGACAGCAAUAUGUUGUCCUUGAAGUCAGUUGUGUUGGAGCAACGGAGCAGUCCACUCUCCGACGAAGGCUGUAACCUUGGACAGAGUCCGUACUCAUCGGACAACGAAGACAAUGAAUUGACGCACAUCACUUCAAUGACAGCGGAGCAAUUAAAGCGCAAGGACAAAGUCGCACGCUCGGCUAGCAGCGAUUCAGCACUUGGUUUGGACGUCGACGAAUCUAUGGACACUACAUCUGAACAACCACCAGCCGGCUCACAGCAACGCAGAAUGACACUCACCGUCACCGAUUUGCCUUUGCGACCGGCGCUUCUGCCUUUAGCCGAACCCACCGCACUACCAGACUCACCAACCAUUGAUCCACAUCAGACGGCCAAUAACUUACCAACUCAAGUCUCGGUGCCUACCAAGGUGUUGCUGGAAGAGCGUGUCGUCGAGCUGCCAGAAGAUCCCCGUUCGCUGGCGCCAUCACUGCCCUGUUCACGGCGCGAGUCAGCACAGAGUUGUGGCAGCGACUAUACGCCCACUGAAUUUCCGGGCGGCAGACGAUUUGUACGUACGCCAUCCGUAGUAGUCUCAGACUAUUCAGACGAUGUCAUGUGUGGCAUAACACUAGAGGAAAUAGAGUAUUUUCGCGCACAGCGCAUGAGACGGCGGCAUUCCUCACUCGACACUGCCAAUGAAGGCGAAGGUGAAUCGGACGUGAGCGCCUCAUCCUCAUGCAGCAACCUUUAUUAUUGCGGAUCCACAAUAUCCGCAUUGGACGGCGCCGAGUGCUACGUGAACGGUGUGCGCACCGCCUUGGAGCGCAAGACCAGCGACUGCUCUGCAUGCUCAGUCAGCGCUGAUGAAGAGUCAUUCACCAUUCCCGAAGACCCACAACAACAGGCAGGCAAGGAUUUGGCCGAUCUACUAGCCGCACAGCAUUUGACCACAAAACCAACAAUAAAGAAGGUAGGUUUGGUGGUGCCAAUGAGUGAGAACUUGAGCGAGAAGGCUACCUAUUGAGUCACAGAGCCAAAUAAAAUCUCAACAAAUCUAAAGUAUUUCAUCAUAUAUUUCACCCAAAGAACUGUUACUGUUGUAAUUCUAUUAAGUUUUAGUAAUUAACUGUAUAUUGUAUAAAUAUUGAGUAGGCUUUUGUAUGAGCGUGAUUAUAAGUAAUGAGCAUUUUGUUUUUGUAGUGUGAGUAUUAUUCCGUUAGUCUAAGUCGCACAAUCGCACAAUAGUCAUAUGGCUUGCGAAAUGAGGAAGGAAUGCAGCUUUAAUUUAUUUUUAUCUUAUCAUUCAGGCAUUUAACCCAUUUUUUUAUUUUACUUUAUUUUAUUUUAUUUGUUUUUGCUGCCACACAGCGAAAAGAUAUAUGAAAUUGUUUUAUGGAAUUAUCUAUUUUGCCUUUAUGAUUUAGUGUGCUGUUGUUGUAGAACUUUGACAGUGCACAAAGUGAAUUUUCAACGUGUAUUAUAUAAAUAUAUCAAAGUACGUUUGUAAAUUAGCAAAUAUUUACUUGGCUGUAGGUAUGUGCGUAUUGUUGUUGUCCUACCCAACAGUUCAUGUAGCAAAUUUUUUAUGAGCACUCAGUUUUGAACUGUUUCAUUUUUGUAUCUUUCACUUUUUAUCAAGCCAUGUUGGUAUUCCUUAAUUUGUGUAUCUGGUUUUUGAUAAAUGUGAACAUAAGACAUUUUUGAAGGCACAGCCGAACAUUAAGAAUUAUGAAGAAUUAAAAAAAAGAAACUAAUAAAUA